UAGUCCUAUUUUCAACUCUACCAACUGUAUUAGAAUCAAUCUUAUUUUCGUAGGAUCUUUAAUUUAUUAAUUAUAUAUUAAAAUGUCAAAAUUAAAUACUUCUGAUAAAGCCAAUCAACACAAAACAGAAUUAAAAUCAAUAUGGAGUAGAGCAUUAACUGCUAAUUCAGAGUGGCCAGAUAAAGAAGAAUUUUUAGAUAUUAUUUAUUGGUCUCGUCAGGUUUUAGGAAUAUUAAUAGGCAUCGUGUGGGGAAUUGUUCCUUUGAAGGGAUUAGUAGCUUUAAUUCUAUUUGCAGUUUUUAAUGCCGGUUUACUAUAUAUCUACUUUACCUCAUUUCAAUCCAUUGAUGAAGAAGAAUAUGGUGGCGUCUGGGAGCUAACAAAAGAAGGUUUUAUGACUUCAUUUGCAGGAUUUUUAGUUACUUGGAUAAUUUUCUACACCGGUCUACAUCAAGAAUCGUUAUGAGAUAUUUGUUAUACUAUUUAUUUUUAUCAGAUUCUGUGUAAGAAUUUAUUGUAUGAUAUGCAUGUAUGUUACAUAAGAUUUUUUCUAUAUGUAUGCUAAUUGUGAAACAAU